AUGUCAACUCAUCAUCCAAAUUUUGGAUCUUCUGGGUUAGGCAGUGUUUUCAAAUCGUUAACAAAGUCGUUCAAACCCUCUUCACUGAAAAAUGUACCUGUAUCAAUAAAUCCAACCGUUGUAGGCGGUAGUGAAGAUUUACAAAUUAUAAUUAAACAUUUACAAACAACGACGUCCCAAUCAAAUAGAAUUGAAUUAUUAAUUAAAUUAACUGAACAGAUUGAAAAUUAUUCCAUUAGUUCAAUUCAAGAAAUUUGGUAUACUGUUAGACCAUAUUGUAAGUCACAAUCAAGUCAAAUUAGAACGCAGGGCUUAAAACUAUGUAUUGCAUGUAUUUCAAAAGAUGAUAAUUCUGUAGGUACAAGAGUUAGGUACUUCAAUGAUUUAUAUGAUUUUAAUCAGUCUAGAGGAAACCAAUUGGAUUCAAAUUUUAACUUGAUAAUGAAGGGGAUCAAUUUGUUGACUAAUAAUGGUAGAGAUAUUCAUGAUUAUUUGAUAUAUGAUGAUAAGAAAGAUUUAUGUAAAUUCAUUGCAGAUAAUUUAAAGAUUGUACAGAUACUAUCGUCAAGAGAGGAUAAGAAUUCGCAGAAUUGUAUUGAUUUUUUAGUAUUUAUUAGAAAUUGUUUGAAAUUUAACUAUACCGUGGUGAGUGAAGAUUCUCUAACUUCGAUAUUGAAUAGACUAGUGCAAUUUAAAAGUAAAAAUAAACAAGUUUUGACUUCAUUAUUAGAAAUUUUUGAUGCUGUUGCGGUAUUUGGUCAUGUUCCAAUUGAUAUAACACCUAAAUUAAUCACAUUCAUUGCAGAAAUUUAUGGAACAAGUAUUGAUGCUGAUAUAAAUUCAGCAAUUAUAAAGAGUAUAGAUGACAUAUGCAUUGAAGAGAAUUGUGAAGUUAUAAUAUUCACCCUUUGUGAUAAUAUUUCAAAUCCAGAUGUAAAGAUUGAGAAAUAUACCAAUGCAUGUAUUGGCUCAAUCAAACUACUUAAGAUUAUUAUAGUCAAAAAUGCAAUUGAGAAUAAAUUCAAGAUGGAAUUUGCUUAUUUCAGAGUUGUAAAAAGUUUAAAAGCAGUGCUAUCGUUCAAUAUUCCAAUUAUAAACAGUAGUUAUAUUGAUUGUUUAGAUAAAUUAUUAGCUAAAGAUUCUUAUCAGGAUAAUUUUGGUAUGACACUUCAUGAUUCAAUUGAUAAAGUUAUUCCAUUUCAAAUAUGGUACUCAAAUACAAACUCAAUGUAUGAUGUUCUCAGCUUACUUAAAAUUAAUAAUGAACAAGAUAAGAAUAGAUUUCAGAGUAUAUGUUUAUCCCUACAACAAUUAUAUGAAAAUCAUGAACUACAAACGCCAAAGGAUAAACUCAUCAACUUCUUCAUCAAUUUCAAUCAAUAUAUAACUAGAGAAAAUAUGUUAUUUGUGUUGCAAUAUUAUGAUGAUGAAAAAUUAUGCACAAUGUUGAAUCCAUUGUAUAAAGAAGAAUCAAUAAAGUUGUUAAAUUAUUUUUAUUAUGAUAAUACUAAUCCAGAAGUCAAAGUGAAAUGUUUGGAAGUUAUACUAAAUGGUUAUGAAAUAUCCAAAACUAUAUUUAAUGAUGUUAGUUCUGAUUUGAUACUAGAUAUUUUCAAGAAAUCAGUUAAAGAAUCAAAUGAAGAAGUGUUGGACUUCCUUAUAUACAAAAUGUUUUGCAAUUUUUUAACUAACUGUGAUUCAAAAAUAUUUCAAAAUUUGACAAACUUUUUAUUACCAUUAGUCAAUGAAACACAAUCAACUGAUGCUUUAAUUGCUAGAAGUUUUGUAAGUUCGGUAUCAUCAUCAAAUUCAUCAAAAGGAUAUCUUGAAAAAAUUACAAAAGCGAUUUGUACAACAUUUAUAAAAUCAAAUGCAAGGAGAUCAUUUGAAUGUUUUGAGAUUUUAAUUGAAAUUGCUAAACGAACUCAAUCUGGUGAAAUAUUAUUAAUUAUAUCAAAGUGCUUAAUUAGGAUACGAACAACAAGUGAAUUUUACAUUUACAUAACCCAACCAUUUGAUAUGAUUGGUUUAGCGUCGGCUUUUAAAAGAGAUAAUAAAAUUGUUGCUGGUCAACAAUGGACAUAUCCAGAAACUGUUGAUUACUUACCAGAGACCUAUUAUAACAAACCAAAUAAGAAUUUACUAUUGUUAGUCGGUGAGCCUGAUUUUGACAAAAACUAUAUUGAUAUUAAAAAAUGGUUUAGCUUAGUCUUGACAAUUAUGAAGAAUUUUGUAGCUUGGGAAGUUUACUCAUAUGUAUGGGCCCAUUUCUGUGCACAAUUAUCAAACAUGACUAUAUUUAAUCAUUGUAAUGAAGAAAUUAUUAAUUUGAAAAAUAUUGUAUGUGAUCAAUUAACUUUAAAAUUACCUUCCAAUUUGAAUUUUCAAGAUUCAGAAUUAACUAAAAGUGAUUUACAAGUUGCUUUUGUUCGUAGUUUUUCAGCAUUAAUGGGAUAUCAUGAUAAAUUUUCAAAAUCAGAUGAAGAUCAAAUUAUAAAUAGUUUAAUAUUUGGAUUAAAUUCAUGGGAGAAAACAUCAAUACCCUGUUUGAAUAUUUUAACAAUUUGUUGCUAUGAAAUUCCAUUAAGUGUAAAGAAAUAUCUAUCAUUAAUUUUGACAAAUCUACAAACUAAGGUCACUAGUGCAAAUGCGAGUACUCAUACAUUGGAAUUUUUAAUGUCAUUAGUCAACUUACCCGUUUUGACUUCAAAUUUUACAAUGGAAGAAUUUAAAAGAGUGUUUGGUAUUGCAUUUAAAUAUAUUCAAUUUUCAAUUGAUUUGGAAACUAGAAAUUUAAGUCCAGUGAAUACUAUUCAGCAACAUGGUGUUGAUGCAACAGUUGAACAAACUCCAUCUACUCAAUCAUCAGGUAUAUCUCCAAUAUUAUCACAAUAUAUUAUGAAACUAUCAUAUAAUGUUAUAUCACAUUGGUUUUUGAAAAUUAAUAUGAAUGAUCGUAAAAUUAUAAGUUCAUUUUUGAUAAAGAACUUGAUUUCAAUUAAUGAACGCUCAUCUUUAUUAUCUGAUCAAACUAUUGGAUUUUUAGACUUCAUUACAAAAUUUACAUAUAGUGAUUUACCAUUAAAGAUUAUAAAUUCAACAAUACAAAAACAAAAUGAAAAUACAACUAUUAAUAAAUGGGUAAUUGCUGAUUCGAUAGUUUCAAUUGAAUCUGAUUUAUAUUCUGCUGAUACUGAUAUAUUAAUUAGAAAACCAACUGGUGUAAGUAGAUUAGUUGUACAAUUAGAUCAUCAAGAACAACUGGAUUCAUCAAUUGUAAUUAGUCCAAAUUACUUUUUAUUACAAUUAUUUGAUUGUAAGACGAAGCCAAUACCUAUAAUUGAAGAUCAAAUAGUAUCUCGAGCAUUAAAUGUACUUGAUAGAAUUCCAAGUGUUGAAUUUCAUAAAAUUGGUAUUGUCUAUAUUGGGAAAAAUCAAACUAAUGAAAACGAAGUCUUGAAUAAUAAAGUUGGUUCUUCAGAAUAUCAAAAUUUCUUGAAUAAUAUUGGAGAUUUAGUCAAAUUGAAAAACAACAAAGAAAUAUACUUAGGUGGAUUAGAUAAUGAGCGUGAUAUAGAUGGAGAGUAUUCAAGAUUUUGGAGGGAUAAAACAACACAAGUGAUUUUCCACGUAACUACAAUGAUGAAUAAUCCAAAUUUAAUAAAAGAAGAUGCUGAUUCACAAAGAACAUUAGAUUUAAAGAAACGUCAUAUUGGUAAUAAUUAUGUUAAUAUAUUUUUUGAUGAAUCUGGUGAACAAGAUUUUAAUUUCAAUUUAAUAAAGAGUCAAUUCAAUUUCUUAUCAGUUGUAAUUAAACCACAUACAAAAACUGAAGAAUUAACAAUACCGUCAAAUUCUCAAAAGAAGUUUUUUAAAGUUAAAACUUACAGAAGAUCCGGAGUUCCUGCAAUUUUAGCAACUUGUCAUUUUAAAAUAGUAUCCCUUGAUCAAUUACCUAAUGUGAUUAGAAAUUUAGUUAUAUUAGCAAGUGAAUUUGCAAAUGUUUGGCAUUCAAAUAAUUUAUCAGGUAAAUUUAUUUCAAAUUGGGCUCAACGAGUUAAACAAUUGAAAAUAUUAAAGAAUAAAAGUUUGGAAAAUUAUAAAAAUUUACAAAAUGAAGAAGAAAAUAAUUACAAAGCAGAUAAAGAUAAGAUUAAUAGUGGUAACGUUAUAACACAAUCAUUUUUUGAACAAUUGAAUGAAAAUUCAAAUUUGAAUCUAAACACCAAUUCAUAUAAUGAUAGGAAAUUGAAUGAUUAUAAAUUUGAAUUUUUGAAUGAUAAAAAUGAAGAUGCAAAAUUGUUUGAAUUAUACAAAACAAUCGAAUUCAAUAGUUAUACUUCUUAA